GCCUUUUCGGGCGGGCGGAAGCGGCGGGUGGCAGCGCAGGAGGGAGGAGGCGGAGGUGUCUGGAAAAUGGAGAAGACUUUGAACAGAAUUCAUCCAGUUUCUCAUCCAGAAGAAACAUAUUUUCUACAAGUAUCAUGGGAAAAAGAUUUAGGCACUGGAUUUGGUAUAAUACUUAGUGAUGGUCAGUGUGCAUGGACUGGGAAAGUGUCUGAAGCUGAAAUUUCUAGGGAGGCUGCUGACAUGGAAAUGAAUAGAGAAAAGUAUGUUGAAGAACUGAAGAAAGCAUUGAUAGCUGGGGAAGAAUCAGCUGGCAGAUAUAACUUUGCUAUUUCAAGAGAUGAAGAAAAUAUGGAGUGUCACUUCUCCUAUGAAAGAAAUCUGAAAGAUGGCUCUUUUAGACUUGGAUCUCUGAAGCUACAGAAAGUUUCAAGUCCAGCAGAGGUGAUUAAGGAGCUGAUUGGUUACUGCCUGGACUGCCUGGGAAGACUGCAGGCAAAAAAUGAGCAUCUGCAAAAAGAAAACGAAAGGCUUUUCAGCGACUGGAGCGAUGUGGAGAAGCGGCUGGAAAAAUGCGUGGAAGCUAAAGAAGAACUCGAGGCAGAUCUUUAUAACCGGUUCAUUUUGGUGCUGAAUGAAAAGAAGGCAAAGAUAAGAAACUUACAGAAGUUGUUGAACGAAGCUAAAGAAUCUGCAGCAGAUGCCAAAUGUACAAGGGAUAGUAUAGCUUCCACUCAGAUGGCUACAGGGAGAGAAAAUGACUAUGAUGGCAGCACUGAUGAGGAAAGUGAAAAUUUGACACGGGCCUCAUUACCAUCAGCACCAGAACGAAAGGAUUCUCUCCUGGGUAGCCCAGAUGUCAUUGAUACCGCUCCAAGAAGAAAGCGAAGACAAAGAACAGCAAUGCCUGCUGGGACAGGGGCUAAGAUGGCUACUUAUGAGACAGAACUGCCAGCCAAGGAAAAACCUGACCUGGCCUCACAGAAGACGUCAGCCAAACAUUCCCCGGAUGUGAUGUCUCUCGAGACACUGGAAAACACUUGUGAGCCAGAGAACCUCUUUGAUGACAUCUAGCUAUGUGUUGGCUGAGAAACUGAGAGACUGUCGCUCCUAACAGAGAUAAGCUAUAAAACUACAAGGCUUCGUUAUAGAUGCUGAGCCGAAAUCUUUGCUCUGAGGUCGUGUUUGGUGGCAUAUUGCUCGAAUCCUCUUGCACUGCACUUGUCCCUCUUCUUCACUAUGCAGUUGUAGACCCUUGGCUUGAUUUGUGACGGCCUUGAAAUCAGUUUAGCCUCUGUGUAGAUCUUUUGUCAUGUGUAUAUGGGGAAACAGGGCACCAUCAUAGCGGUUUUACGUCCUAAGAGUCUCUGACUGCUAAUUGUAACCAGGAUCAACUGGUUUCCAGGUGUCCCCCAGAGAGUAAGUCAGACAUAAAGAAGUCUUAGGGCUACUGCUGUACUUACCUUAUAUACUGAUCCUUUCCUAAGAAGCUCAGCCUAGAUGCAGUCUAGCUAAAUCAUCUUUGACUUUGAUUGAGAUAUGUCUUUAAAAACUGUUUAGAAUGGUAUCUUCUGACAUGAAGCAUCCAAAGAAAUGUCCUUUUGCUUUUUACUUGCAGGUGCUCUGCGGCUUUAUGCAUUGUAAGAUGUAUUAUUGCUUUUGGGAUUAAAGAGCCUAUAAAGUCAAUAUUGAACCCAUUUUAAUGUUCCAUUGAAACCCAUAGCCUUUAAAAUUGUAAUUUUUCAUACUGCAUUGUUUUUCUUAGGGUGAUUUCUAAAAAAAUAAAAUGCAUUCUAAAAAUA